AUGGCGGCUGGUUUAGUAACAGCCGAUAUUAUGAUGAUUCAAAAGAACUCUCAAAUUUUAGUUACUGUUGAAGAAGCUCUUGAAGAUUUAUUAGUAGUUACUUAUUCUGCCGAAGAUAAAAAGUUUCAGGGCGUUCUUUUAGAUUCCAAUAAGAGUAAUCUACCCUUUGGAGUCUACGGUCUAAAUCCAGCGUUUACUAAAACUGAGAGUGCCGAUGAAAAAUUACAUUCCGUCAGUCAACGGUUUACAUACCAAGAGCCUCAAUAUGUGGAGGAGGAUCACAAAGUUAAAAAGCCAGGAACAAAAGGGAAGUCUCAAUCACGCCAAAAGAUGACAGUAAGACUACGACCGCGUAAAGUGCUGUGUUCCAAUUGCCAAGGCAUCUGCAAUGAAAACAGUGAAAACGUAGACGUGUCCAAAAAACGCAAGUUAGACUCAGACGACGACACGCCUCCACCAACCUCUGAGUCAUCAAAAUUAGAGAAAAAGUUUUCCAAUAAUAUGAAAAGUAUGCUCAUACCAAAGCUUUCAAGACUUCAGCCUAGUGAAAUUUCAAGUGCUAUCAAAUCAACCAAAGUAAAUCAAAAAAAUAGUGAGAAAGCGAAAAAUUCAAAGGCAGAAAAAGUUUUUGAACCAGUUAAGACUCAAGAGGUUGCAUUUGUUAGUGUCUCUGAUAACAAUGAUAGUAUGUGUGAUAGUAAAAAUGAGGAAGCGUCAUUCAGUAAUUUGUUUUCAAGUGCACGAACUCUUAAAAUUUGUUUUGGUGAAGGUGAAGGUACUGUUGUAAAAAUCCCUCCUCUAAGUGGUGACUUUAAUGAAGAUUCGGGGGUGUCAUGUGAUAUGGCUAAACCGGAUUCAAAGGCUGUAAAAAAAGCAUUAAAGAGAGCAAAAAAACAGGCUAAGAAAAGUGCUGUUCAGUGCAACACAGAUGUGUUAUCUAAUCAAUCCUUAAAACAUAUUGGGGCUUUAUCUCCUCAUAACAACUUAUCUCAGAGUCCACUAUCGGACCCUUUAGAAAAAAAACAUAAGCAUAAGGUAAAACAUAAAAAGAAGCAUAGGGUUACAAGGGAGCUGGAUGAAAAUUCUACAAAAAGUGAAGAUAAUGAGUAUUUUAGUGAUUUAAAAGACCAUUGCUAUAAACAGAAGGUUUCUAUCAACCUACGUCGCUUAAGUAGUAAUUCUUUUGAAUGUAGGGAAGAUGAUUCUGAUGACUGCGAAAAUGAGACUGUGCCUGAUUUUCCUCCUAAUUCAGAAGGUAUUGGUGGAAGGCUGGUUAGGGUUUCUCCAGGUGACAUUGUAUGGGGGAAAGUGGUUGGAUUUCCAUGGUGGCCAGGCAAAGUUUUAAGUAUUACUGCCACAUCACGGGCUCAUGUAGCUUGGUUUGCAUCUACUACGUCUUCUCUCAUGCCUUGCAAUAGCUUAAGCCCGUUUUUGGAAGACUACAAGCUUCGGUUUAACAAAAAAAAGAGAGGUGCAUACAAAGAGGCCGUGAAACAGGCAACAAUUGAGGCUAAAAUACGUUCUGAAUCUCAAGAUCCUCUUGCAAGCCCAAACCACACAUUAGAUACCGUUUCGCCGCGACCUAUUGAUGUGUUCUCAUAA